AAGUAAUUCUUUAAACCUCCAUGUAAAAUGAAAGCAACCAAACAAUGCAGUCUUUGGUCUCUCAUAACAGGUAUCAGCAGUUUGCUGGUCUUAACACAAGCCCAGCUCAUCGAUAACAGUGCUCUGUACCUACACACGCAUACGCCUUCAUUGGCCACAACGCAACAGCAUUCGGCCACGCCUACCACUCCUUUACAGCAAACUUCAACGCAACCUUAUGGCAGUUCGGCGAAUCAACCACCUUGGUUGGAGCAGACUUCACAGAGUGCACGGUCAGCUGGACAGCUGAAUACCGCACGUAAUUUAUAUGCACCAUACCAAAGCUUCUCCAAAACGGAUGUGGCCAAUUUCCCCAAUUUACUAAUACGUUCAGAUGGUUCGGCGGUGCAGACGUUUGGCUCCUACCGCAAUGGCAGAUCUUUAAUACCAAAUCGUUCAGUUCCUGUGCAGGCGGCUAAUAGGCGUGCCGACUCGGCUGAGGUGGAAAUUAUUCCUGCCCCUGCCGUAGAAUUGCCCGCCUCACCGCUCAUUACCGUGCCCAAACAAGUAGUACCUUCUACGGCCGUUAACAUUAGCCGUGUAGGACGUAAACGUAAUUAUAUGUAUAUACCCCUGCAACAGGAUAAUUCUAAUAAUUAUCUCUUGCAAUUGAAACCUAAAAAUAAUGGCUCCUUAAAUGGCUUAAAGCCUCCAGCCAGUGAGUUGGAACCUGUUUUACCGGAGAUUGCUGAAGAUAUGGCUAAUUUUGCCGAUAAAACUGAACGCAGUGAUACUGGAGCACCUAGUCCUCUAACAUCCACUGAUCGUUAUGAUCAUGGUGAGGAGAAUAGCAGCCGGCGUGUUGGUUUUUCGUUCCCUAGCUACAGUUUAAGUCCCUCAAAUCCCUUCCAGCCCCAAGCCUAUCGUGAAGAUAAUCCCAUCUUUACAGAAUCUACCGGCUUUGAAAGACCCUUCAGUGAUGAUGACAAAGACAAGCGUCUAACCAGACAAUUGAUGUUUGAACAAGAUGUUUCACCCACUUCCUAUUCAUAUGACUUUUCCAGUUUAGGCUCUAGUUCAAUACCCCAUACUCUUAAUUCAGCCAUAGCCCAGGGAAAACAAUACCGUGAUGAGGUCACCAAAUUUGGCGACAUUAAUGGACCCAUAACAGCCAUUCCCCAAAGGCCACAAAGAGGCAUCUAUUUUGGUGAUACCGAAUUUAGAACUGGUACAUUGGCUCGUCCCUAUACCCAGCAACAGAAAAAUUUCAACGAAUAUAUAGGUCCUGUGGAUCCCUCAAGUUCCCGCAAAAGUCGUUACUUCCCCUACAAAUCCUCUAGAAGUCCUCGUGUGGUUUUCCCAGUCAACGAUAAUGUGGGAGCCACGGGUCCCAGCAGCACUGGUACCGGUGUCUAUUUCAACGAUAACGUUGUCUUUCGCGAUCAAAACUUUGGCAUUAACGAGUUGGCAUCUGUCCAGGAUGUACGUAAUGAAUUCAGUUUACAGGAUUUAGACAGUUCAUCGGACAGCAGCAGCACACCUACAGUUGCUCAGUCUGCCAGUACGUUCAAGGAGAAAGCUGACAUCACAAGCGAAUUGGAAUGCCAGCAUCGUGGUGGCACUUGUGAAUUUUUUGUAGGCUGCUGGAUGACUGGCGGUCUUCUGCAGGGUACUUGUAAUGGAUUGUUGCGUGGCUGCUGUCAUCGGACAGCUAAAUCGGCCAAUUUGCGUACCUCUGAAUAUGUGGGACACACAAUCGAUUUGACUGAUCUUCCGCAAAAGAACUAUGGACCGGUGAAAAAUGAUCCCAGUUGCGGCAUUUCACUGGCUAAACAAACGGCUCAGAGGCGUAUAGUGGGAGGAGAUGAUGCUGGUUUUGGUUCUUUCCCCUGGCAGGCGUACAUACGUAUCGGUUCCUCUAGAUGUGGCGGCUCUUUGAUUUCACGACGUCAUGUAGUUACUGCUGGCCAUUGUGUAGCCAGAGCCACCCCUAGACAGGUCCAUGUUACCUUGGGCGAUUAUGUCAUAAAUUCGGCGGUAGAACCAUUGCCAGCUUAUACAUUUGGCGUUAGACGUAUUGAUGUUCAUCCCUAUUUCAAAUUUACUCCUCAAGCAGAUCGUUUUGAUGUGUCGGUAUUGACAUUGGAAAGAACGGUACAUUUUAUGCCUCACAUAGCUCCCAUUUGUUUGCCCGAAAAGAAUGAAGAUUUCUUGGGCAAAUUUGGCUGGGCUGCGGGUUGGGGUGCUCUAAAUCCUGGAUCUAGAUUACGACCCAAGACCUUGCAGGCUGUGGAUGUUCCAGUUAUUGAAAAUAGAAUCUGUGAAAGAUGGCAUAGACAGAAUGGCAUUAACGUUGUAAUAUAUCCCGAAAUGAUGUGUGCCGGCUACCGUAAUGGCGGUAAAGAUUCUUGUCAAGGUGACUCUGGUGGUCCAUUAAUGCAUGAAAAGAAUGGACGUUGGUAUUUAAUAGGUGUUGUCUCAGCUGGCUACUCAUGUGCCUCACGUGGCCAACCUGGUAUCUACCAUCGUGUACCCUACACUGUCGAUUGGAUUUCUCAUGUUGUUGGCUUAACGGGAACAAUUUAAAACUUUAGGAGUAUUGAACCACACAAUCAUCUUCAUUACUAAGCUGAUAUUUUGACAAAUUCAAAAAAUAAAAUUCAGCUCCUAUUCCAAUAAAUCUUUUGUAAAUAGUGAUUAUUUCAUGGAGAAUGUUAUCUAUUUUAUUUCUACUUUUUCUAUUAUUGAGUGAAAAGUAUAAUUUAAGUUUCCCCUCUUUUGCACUCUCCUUUUUAUUCCUCACUAUCUCCAUCUCAUUACUUGUAGUAGUUGUAAUUUUACAUUUAAAUUUUUUUUUUAUUUUUGAAAAAGAAACAUGUGUAUUAGUUUUAAGUGUAUUGUGUAUUUAUUAACCAAUUAAUUAAUUAACUAAUUAAUGUUAUUUUUAUUUGUUGAAAUUUGUUAAUUUUUUUUUGUUAAAUUCAAAAAAGACUAGAAAUUAACAGCAACACACACAAAAGAACAAAUUUUAUUAUUAUUUUUUUUAUUUAUUCAAAUUGUAAUUUAUUUUAAUUUUAAUAUAAAAGAAAUAAAGAAAACAAAACAAAAAUUAAUUGUAAAUAAAAUAUAUACAAUAAAAUUUUAGAAAA